GAAUACAUUACAUCAUUUUAUGAAGGAUGGCGGGACCUUAUGGAUAACAAAUCAGAUCCGCGAACGAGAAAUUGGCCCUUAAUGAGUUCGCCCUUCCCCACCAUAGCAAUUAGUUUAACAUACGCUUAUUUUGUAAAAGUACUUGGUCCCAAAUUGAUGGAAAACAGAAAACCCUUUCAGUUAAGAAAAGUUUUGAUUGUCUAUAAUUUUGCACAAGUCAUAUUUAGUGCCUGGCUAUUUUAUGAAUCCUGCAUAGGAGGCUGGCUAAAUGGUUACAAUAUUCGAUGCGAACCAGUCGACUACUCCCCUUCUCCAGCAGCGUUAAGGACGGCGCGCGGUUGUUGGUGGUAUUUCUUCUCCAAAUUUACUGAGUUCUUCGAUACCUUCUUCUUUGUGAUGCGUAAACGCUAUGAUCAAGUAUCGACACUCCAUGUCAUACAUCAUGGCAUUAUGCCGGUAUCAGUUUGGUGGGGUGUGAAAUUCACACCUGGCGGUCAUUCUACCUUCUUCGGUUUUCUGAAUACAUUCGUGCACAUUAUAAUGUACACCUAUUACAUGUUAGCCGCUAUGGGCCCUAAAGUACAAAAGUAUUUGUGGUGGAAGAAGUACCUCACAGUCUUGCAGAUGAUACAAUUCGUAUUGGUAAUGGUCCACUCAUUCCAAUUGUUCUUCAGAAAUGACUGCAACUAUCCAAUCGGUUUUGCUUACUUCAUUGGUGCGCAUGCUGUUAUGUUCUACUUCCUCUUCUCCGAUUUUUACAAACAAGCCUAUUUAAAACGCGAACAAAAGAAAGAAAAAUUGGCCAACAAAGCAAAUGGUUAUGCAAAUGGUGUACAUAAAACGCUCGAAUACCAAAAUGGAUCAGCAUACGCUACCGAAAUCAAUGGCAACACUAAGUUGCAGGACUCCAUGCUCAUCACAUCGCCAACAGCAACAACAACAAGACAGCGAGUAUUUGCCGCAGCCAAUAAUUAAUUUAUUUAAAAUAUAAAUAUAAAAAAUUCUUAGUCUUAAGUAAAAAUUUAUAUUUUUUAUUUUUAUUUUUUACUCGUACAGUAGAUCGUGCAGUUAGAUCCAAACAUAGGCAAUCGGAGUAUGUUAGAUGUUAGGUAGUUAUGUUACAUAGUAGCAGACAGGAGCAGACGGGAGCAGUGCCUUGCGCUUGGACAAUUGCAUUGCUUAGCUUCUUUAGAGUUUUAGACUAGACAUCGUAUAUAAUUUUUUCUUAAAUUGUAUUAAACUGUGUAAGUUGUUAAUCGCGGAGGAGUUAGUAUAUUAUAUUAUUAUACUAGUUUGUAUUUUGUAUUUUGUAUUAUGGUCAUUUGGACUUCACAUCUUAUAUACACAUGUACAUAUGUAAAAUUGUAUAUGCGUACCAUAGGCACUUUUGUUAUAAUAAUGUAUGUAUUUUAUAUAUCUGAAUCUGUACUUUAAUUAAAUUAGUUCAUUUGUAUGAAAA